UGCUAGCUAACUGCGUCAGUGUUACGAGACCAAGCGAGCAGUGCACACGAGUUUUCGCAACAUAACAAAGUUAAACCCAUUCUUCAAGGAAGCGUCAAAUAAAACGUGAAAGAAAAAUGAGAAGAGGAGUGACAUUGAUUCCCAAAUUAUUUUCCCAUUGGUGGGAAAUGUUGGAACGACCACACCGGUUGGCUGAUCAACAUUUUGGAAAAGCUUUGCGACCGGAACAAUUUUUUAAUUCAGUAUUUGAAAACAAACUUCCGGUUAGCAUGUAUCCAUACUAUCGACCAUGGAUAGACUGGGAACGAGACGAAGAAAGUGGUUGGUCCAUAAUGAAAAAUGACAAGGAUAAAUUUCGUGUGAUUCUCGAUGUACAGCAAUUUAAACCAGAAGAAGUGAAUGUGAAAGUUGUUGACAACUUCAUUGUUGUAGAGGGGAAACACGAGGAAAAAGCUGACGAUCACGGUAUAAUCUCCAGACAUUUCAUUAGAAAGUAUUUAGUACCAGAUCAAUGUGAUCCUGACAAAGCUACGAGCAGUUUAUCUACGGAUGGUGUUUUAACAAUAACAGCACCAAUAAAGCCAGAAGCUCUUGAAAGAAAGAAAGAAAAGAUCAUUCAAAUCGAACAAACAGGAAAACCAAUAGAUGAUAAAGAAGUUGAAAAAAUAAAACAACGUCAAUAGAAACUUGUCAAUCAACUUUAUACUCUUAGUAUUUUUACCCGUUUUUUACUAUGUUCUUUAGAGUGUGCAAGUGUUUAUGAAUUAUUUGUUGUAUGUCAAAGAAAAAUAUUGGAUAUUGUAUGAUAAAUGUAAGAAUAAAUGAUAGAUAUGAAUAAUAAAAA